AUGAAAAGCAAACAAUCUAAGCACUAAUCUGAAAAACUCCUUAAUACUAUGUAAGAAAUGGAUAAAUAAUCCAGCGAGGACACUUCUAUUCGUGAUCGCAUACAUAAGUUUUAUGUAUGUGAAAUGUAUAAAAUAUUGAAAUCCUUCAAGCGAGGACCCAUUUUAACUGCAAUACUUAUAGCAAUUUAUUUCUCUUAAGUGAUAAGCAAUCUGUUUAAUGAAAACGUUUUAAUAAGUCUCUAUAAUAGCUCACCGUCUUCAAAAUAAUUUAUUUAUUAUAUGGGAAUAUAUUUCGACUACACAAAAUUUUAUCCAAUUUACUCAUUUUUAGCAUAAAAAAAUUAAAAUAUGAAUGAAGAAGAUGCUCAGACUUAGUUUUUAAUAAUCUCUUGUAUUUUCAAUGCAAUAUUAUUAACUUAUAUACUAAUUAGAAUGAUUCACUAUAUAUUUUGGCAAUAUUUUACAGAUAUUUCAAUGUCAAGUUAAGAUUCUGCUGAAAAACUAGCCAAAAAUUCUACCUAUCACAGUUAUUUAAUACUAAAAGGAGAUAUUUUGUUUUCUUUCUUUUUUAGAAUUUAUCUUUACACUCUUGCAAUACCUUUUACUUAAAUAUCGCUAUAAAUAGGAAUUGAUCACUAUCAAGAAUAACCAAACCCAAAUGAAAAUAAAGUUUUACAUAAACUUACUAUUUUCGUUUCCAUAUUAAAUUUUAUAUAAACUGUUUUUAUUUCAGCUAUCAUUUCUAACAAUGAAUAUGAUUAUUCCAUUAUUAUUAAAGAUCAUUUAUCUUAACCGAAAAAUUAUUUUGUAUAUUUCAGGAUCACAAUCGACUUUAUUUGUAGUGGAGUUUUCUUAAGCAGCUCAAGAGCAAUAGUUGAAUUGUUCAAUGGCAUUACAUGCUUACUUCGUUUAGCAAUCUGCGUUUACAGAUAACCAUUUUACUCUAGAAAGACAAAUAAAAUUUAUAUGCAAUUCACUCUAUUUCAUUUAUUCCUAUUAAUUUUAACCGUCUUGCUUAGCCUAAGUAAAGAUAAUAACCUGGUAAGCUUUUCGCUUCUAUUUUGUUGUGGAAUUCCUCUCUGCGUAAAAUCUGGAAUUAUGAUACUUAAAAUACUAGCUAUAGAAAAUUAAUUUAAUUAACCUUUUAUUGAAAAAGAAGUAAAUAAAAUAAAUGCUGAUAAGUUAGAUAAACAUAUCAGAAAUAUUAUUAAUUUAUUUUCUCUAUCCUAUGAAGAUUACAUGAUUAAAGGAAGCGGAGUCAAAUUCGAGACUAUUUUUUCAAAUCAUUUAGAUAACUGCUGCAAAGUAGAUCAAACUUCAGGUAUGUAAACCAAGAAUGCUAUUGGUAGUAGUAGUACGAAAGAUGAAAAUUUAUGUUUUUGCAAAUAAUUUUAAGAAUUCUCCAGUCAAAGAAAUUUUUAAAGCAAAAAUUAAAGGCAGUAACAGUAAGUGACUUUCACAAAAGAUGAAGUUAAUUUGGCAAUUUCAAGGGUAAUAGGUGAAGAUUACAGAAAAUCCUUUUUAAUUAAAUACACUAAUAAUCUUAUUUAAAAGUUCUUUAAAUCUUCAAACAAAAAUUAUUAAGAUCCUUAAUUACAAAUAAAACCUACUUACAUGUAUUUCCUUUGUUAAGUAGCCCAAACUCCAGCAUUGGCUUUCUAAUAAAUUUUACUCCUCAAAUAAUAAAUGAAAUAAUCUUCCUUUCAAACUCAAGCCCUAAUAUAAGAAAUUAUUGAUGAAAUUAAUCUUUUAUUCAGCUAAUACAUUUGUUCCACUACUUACCAAAAUCAAAGACUCGCCAUUUCAUAUGUCUAUGAAUUUGAUUAUUUGUAUAAAGCUUUUAUUACAUCUUUUAAAAAAGCUCUAUAAAGUAGACAAAAGUAUUAUGAAUUUUUAUGUUCUGAUUAUAUUAAUUUAUCUGAUCUUUUGAUAGAAAGUUAUAGCUGUUUGGCAACAAAAAGAGAAGCAGAAUAUAAGAUUAAUAAUCUUUUUGAUGUUCAUCCAACUCAUCCCAGAUUGCUUGCUAUUUCUGAACUUUACAUUGAAUUUUUUGAUUUCCGUAAAAGGAGAGUUCGUCAUUUUAUUCAAAAAUCUCAGUAAAUUAUGAGUCGUAAUCUUUAGCGAGUUGACUUGAAGAUAAAUUUAUUCGAGUAAGCUUCUUGCUGCUUAUUUGUUUCCCUCCACAGUAAGUAAAUCAUAAAACUCUCUAAUUCAGUUGAGAGCUUCUUUAAAUGCUAGAGGUCAGAUUUAAUAGGGAAACAAUUUUCAAUACUUUUACCAGACUUCAUUAUUCCCAGCUUUAAUAAAUACUUAGACGUGCUACUCGAAGAAGGUAAUAUGGAUGUUAUUAAAUUAGGAGAAUAUUUGACUUUCUUCAAUACUCCAAACACGAAUACUCUAUAUCCUAUCUAUUUGCGCAUGAAGAUUGAUAUCCUCACAAAUGGUGAAUUUGGUUUGUCAAUAUUUAUUUAGCCUGCUAAAAAUUGUAAGGUUAGUGUUAUUACUGAUUUAAAUUUUAAUAUUAUGUCAUUCACUAAAGAAUUUUAAAAUUUGAUUUUAAAAUUUCUAGAUACCUAAAACACCACAAAAUCUAAAAGCCAAGAUUUGAUUAAAGGAUUGAAUAUUCAAGCAGUAAUACCUCUUUUAUUUAGUGUUACGAAGAUUACUCAAGAUUUUAAUAGCUUUGAAGGGUUUAAUGAUACGUUUGGUUUUAAAGAUUAAAAAAUACAAAAUUACACAACGUACAAAUCACUACUUAUUCUACCAAAAAAUAUUAAAUGUUUGAAAAAUCUCAAUAGUUUUUCAAAUAGCACUCAUAAAGAUGUUUAAAAUUAUUUUAGCAGCUUAAAUCUAUAGGAAUUAGAAUUCUUAGAAAUUACAUUUUCACCAUUUAGUUAUAAAUUAUAUAGUGAAACCUAAUAGCCAAUUACAUUGAUUGAAUUUUAAUCUUACAGGAAAUUAAAAGCUGCUACAGAGAUAAAUGACCAGUUUUUAAGAUUAAAGGAAACACUAACAACUUAUUUUUAGUAAGAAGUUAAUGUGCCUAUUAUCCAAACAAACUCCCCAAAAAUACCAAAUUAGCCUGAAACAGGAACUCUUUCACACCUUAACCUUUAAAUGGACAAGAAAUACUUUUUAUAGCAAAAAGAAAAAUAUGAUGAGAGAGACACAGAUGGUGUAUAGUCUUAAAAAAGUAACGGAGACAGCUAAAAAAAUAAUAACUCAAUUUAAUUUGAAAUGUAUAAUGAUGACAUAAUUCAAAGAUACUAUGAUCAUGGUAAUUCUGUAGAUGGUGACUCUCCUAUUUAGCAAGAAUCUCCACAAUAAGUAUCUGAAUAUAUUAAUUAUAUUUAUGAAAGAAUGUCUCCAUAAAAGAGAAACUCUGAUUACUAAUAAGAAAUCACUAUGAAUAAUGAAAUUCAAAAUGAAAUUGGGUAAAGGUAUAAAACUUUACUAAAGGGUGUAAGAGAUUCUAAAAGUACUAGAUUUGAUGAAUCUCAAUAAGCUACUACUAGUAGAUAGUCUUUUAUUUCACCAAGAUAACCAUUUGAUUGUGUAUAGAAUUAAUAUUAAUCCUAAGAAGAAAUAUAUAAAGCCCUGUAUCUCAAUCCUAUUAGCUCUCCAAUUAUAAAUUCUACUAACAGUUUUGUGAAUCUAUAUGAAAAGUAGUCUACUGCUCCAAAUAGAAAAGAAUCUGAUUCAACGGCAAAUGAAAAAAAGAGAGAUUCAAAACAAGAUGGAAGCAUAACUAAUGAUGCAUCUCAAUUAAAUUUCAUUAAUUCUCAGGGAGAGUUGAAUUUUUAGAAAUCAAGAAGUAAAUUUUUUUCAUAAAGUAGAAUCUAAUCUGUUGCUUCUCAGAACUUGUUAUCACCUCUCAAAUAAAAAAAGUAAGCAAUAAUGUCGUAAAUUACCUAAGGUAGUGAAAAAAAAGAAAACGAAGAUGAGGAAGAAGAUGAAGAUGGAGUUAUUUAAUUGUCAAUUAUGCCGAGCAAGUAAACUAGUAAAAAAGGAAAAAGAGGGUAACUAAAAAGUUAAAAAAGUGGCUAAUUUUAGGACGAAGAAAGCUAAAACGUAAAAACAAAUAAAAAGAAAGCUAUAUUAGAUGAUUAGUAAUCAGUAAGAAGUGGUUCAAGCUAAAUUUUUUCAAAAAAGCAGAGUUUAUAUGAAAUGAUUUCUUCAAGAAGAGACACAACAGAAAUAUAAAUUUCUAAAUUCAUUGGGCUAUCAGCAUUUUUAAUCCUAAUAAUAAUUUCUUGUGUUUUAUUCUUUUAAGUCAAAUAAAAUUUUUAGGCAGAGUGGACAAGCUAUACAAACUUAAUAGUAGGCCCUAACUUAUUAGAAGGAUUUGCUUAGAUACUAAGAGUAAAAGAACUAUCAACUAUUAUUUAAGUCAAUUAAUUAUAUGGCUACUUAUUUUCUAGUUUUAAACCUUAUGAUUUGCUUUUAUACAAAAACGAAAGCAUGCAAAAACUAUAAUAUAUAACACAACAAAUUGGGUCUUUUUAGAGUACAACUAUUCAUGAUGGAUUUGAAGAUUUUAUGCUAAAUAACUCUACAUAGCUAGUAGUCAUUAAUUCAGUAACUUCUAAAUAAAACUCUGUUGUCUUCUCAAGAUUGUAUUCCUUGCUCAAUCUCCCUUCAAAUUUAAGAAAAUAUUUGAUAGAAAACUCAGAGGAAGCAAGAGCAUUUGUUUAUUAUAAUUAUGCAAGUUUUAUUUCUACAAUUUAAAAUAUUCAGGAUAUGUCUACAGAACAAUCAAAGACUACCCUAGACUAGACCUAAAGUCUCCUAAAUAUGAGUAUUAUAGUUAUAGAAAUUGUUUGUGUGUUAACAGUUCUGAUUGUUUUUCCUGUUUAUUACAUAAUAUAAUAAAAGAGAGAAGAAAUAUUAUGUCUUUUAGUGACAUUUGAUAUGUAGUUCUUAUAAUCAUAAAUAGAUAAGUAUAGGUCGGCUGUAUAUGAAAAAAGUAUCGCUGAAAGCGUAUCUAACUUUUCAAAAUUUGAAAGAUAUGCUACAAAAACAAAAGCACCUUCUUCCACACAUCAAAUCUCAAUUUUUGAAUUUUCCAAAUAAACUAAGCAAAAUAAAAAUAAAAAAAGACAAAUUUCUCAUACUAAACCUCUCCCUAAGUAUUCAAUAAAAUUAUCAGUGAUAGCUCUUGCAAUUUUUAUUGUGAUAUCACUAUAUUCCCUUUUGAAUUACUUAUUUACCAAAGAUUUCUUUAGUUAUUUUGUUUAUAAUAUCCAAGAAUUAUCGCUUAUAGCUUAGUCAAAGAGCUAUUUAGACUUGAAUUAUGUUGGGUUAUACUUGCUUACAAACUCGUAUGCAUAUAAAUUUAAUUCAACUACAAUUGGAUUAAUUUACUAAUUUUUCAAUUAAACUAUUCUACCAAAUGACUAAUAAAGAAUAAAUGCUCUAUACAACAUAGAUAAUGGCUUCAUAAAUAAGAGAUAUAACUCUGAUUUAUAUUAGUAAUAUUUUUUAGAUGUCAUUAAAACAGAUGCCUGUUCAAUUCUUAAUACAACAUAUGGCUAGCCAUACGUAAAUAAUAACACUAUGAUUAACAUAACCAAAUGCAAUCAAAUUCAAAAAGGUGUCUUAGGAAAUGGACUAACUUUUACAUUUAAACAGGUUUUCAGCUAAGUUUAAAACUAUUAUUCUAACUUUUUACUUACAGCUGGUAAUCCAAUUAAAUUUUUUGGAAGCUUAAAAUAAUGGGAUUACGAUAAUAACUUAAAAGAAUUUGAUUAUUUAUAUUAUUAUAUAAGAGCUAUUCUAGAUUCUGUAAGUUCUUUCUUGAUUUAUGAGAGUUAAUAAUAUUUUGAUUAUUUAAUGGGAGUUUAAAAAGCGCUCUUCAUCUACAACCUUAUUAUAGUCUUUCUAGUUUUUGCUUUCGCUUGGACUAGAUUCCUAUAAGAAAUGAACAAAUAGAUAUAAGAAACUACUUAUCUGCUCAGUCUGAUCCCUGUCGAGCAGCUUCUAGAUAACCCUUAUAUUGUCUCAUACAUCAAUAAAGUUAAAAAUUCAAUAAGAAAUAGAUAGUGA